AUGGGCAAAGUCAAGUUGGCUCGCAAGGAAGAUGGUCCUGAACAGGUAGCUUGCAAGAUCAUUCCUCGUGGAUCAACGGAAGACGGCCACCACAGCCGUGCAGACAAAGAACGCGCAGACCAAUCGAAAGAGAUCCGUACAGCCAGAGAAGCGGCCAUUGUCACACUACUGAACCACCCACAUGUCUGUGGCAUGCGUGACGUAGUUCGAACCAACUACCACUGGUACAUGCUGUUCGAGUACGUCAACGGUGGCCAGAUGCUCGACUAUAUCAUAUCCCAUGGCAAGCUCAAAGAAAAGCAAGCACGCAAGUUCAGUCGGCAGAUCGCCAGUGCCCUCGAUUAUUGCCAUCGGAACAGCAUCGUCCACCGUGACCUCAAAAUCGAGAACAUUUUGAUAAGCAAGAAUGGUGACAUCAAGAUUAUCGACUUCGGCCUGAGCAACUUAUUUGCCCCCAGGGGCCACCUCAAGACAUUUUGUGGCAGCCUGUACUUCGCCGCCCCAGAGCUACUCCAGGCUCGGGCCUACACCGGUCCCGAGGUGGAUGUCUGGAGUUUCGGUAUCGUCCUUUACGUCCUGCGUGCGGCUAUGCCUGAAGUCAUGAGCCAUCCCUGGAUGCUUAAAGAGCCUGAGGUCAUCACUGCAAUGACGGGUUUCAAUUUUGGGUCGCCCGACAACAUCAAGGCUCAGCUCACCCGGACCAUUGAGUCUGAGGAAUAUCAGCGAGCAGUACGGACAUACCAGCGAGAGAAGGAUCUUCCCCAGCCUACAAGGGACGUAGAGAAGAGGCGGGGGUUCGGUUUCGAUUUCUACAAAAGGCGCAACUCAGGCACGAGUCGGGACACGCUCACUGCCCCAAGCUCUGAGGGCCUUCAGCUAGGCAGUGACCCCCUCAAUGCAUUUAGCCCACUGAUAUCGAUCUACUACCUGGUACGAGAAAAACAAGAGCGCGAUCGUAUCGAGCUCCACCCUGGGCAGGUCAGCCAGCCAGCGCAAACACCCCUCCAACAGAAGGAGGGUAAGGACAAAGAAUCUGCAAAAGACCCCAGCCCGCCGCAAAUAACACCGCCCCAAGCAGCCCACACCAAUACGGCUGCAUACGAAAUGCCUGGUGAGAGAGCGACUGGUGGACGGUCCCGCCCUCGCGCACGAACUCACGGGGAAGACGACGCACCGGAAGCCUUGGCACGCUCGCAACUGUCGCCAGCCAUUGCUCAGCCUAGCGAGCAUUACUCUGAUGGACCGCCCAAGAAGGAGAGCACCGCGGCAGGCAUUUUGAGACGGUUCAGCACUCGAAGACGUCGGGAACCAGAGCGGCUGGACAAAGACCGGUCGCAUCCUCCUGUUGUUCAAGUCCGCUCGCCUUCAGAGGCGCCAUCAGCCCCUCGCAAGAGCUUCAGCAUACGAAGGAGUCGGAGGGAUCAUGAUGAUCCCAGCGACUCUGGUCUCCGCUCUGAUGACAGCCAGCCACAGCACAAAGACCUCCUCAGUCCUCCACCUUCCGCCGGAGGGCAUUUCGGCUCCCGACGCAAAGGCUUGGGUAGAUCUACUAGCGUCAACUCGGCUGAUCUCCGACGCCGUGACUCAAGCCGCGGCUCAAAGGAACCGCCACCUACUAGCGGAUCAGACAGAUCUGCUACCGACGACAAACCGCGGUCGGAGCAGAGAUUUGUCGGGCAAUCGCGAUCCAUAUCUCUGAGGGCAAAAUCGUUGGGCCAUGCUAGGCGCGAGAGCAUCCAACAACGGCGUCUUCGAAGGGAAGAGGCCCGUGAAGCAAAUGUUCCGGAGGAGACGGAUCAGGAGGCUGGGGACCACAGCGGUGUGUCCACUGAGAGGCUGGACAGCUCUGACCUUGCCAAGCCAGUGUUUCUCAAAGGUCUUUUCAGCGUGUCGACAACAUCGGGCAAGUCUGUUCCUGAGAUCCGUACCGACAUCAGAAGGGUCCUGAGGGGACUUGGUGUGGACUAUACUGAGAUUAAGGGCGGCUUUGCCUGUCGACACACUCCAAGCAUUGAUCUUAAGAAGGUGCAGGACCCCCCAGGUAGUCCUGCCGCACAGACACCAGGUCAUCGAAGGCGAUUCAGUUUCGGCGGCAUGAUCGCGAAUGCCGAUCGAGAGCGCGAUGAUUCUCGAGAUGCGCCGGCAACACCCAGGACUGCUGGCAGAGCCGGCGAUCACAGUUAUUCAAACUCUGACGUUUCUGAAGACAGCGUGUCAAGAGAGCUUCCUAGCUCAUCUAGACGGGCUCCAGGCGAGACAAGCACACAAGUACAGAGUGAUCUCGGAGGUGACAUGGUCCUUGAGUUCGAGAUCUUCAUCGUCAAAGUCCCCCUUCUGUCGCUCCACGGCAUACAAUUUAAGCGUCUGGUCGGCAAUACCUGGCAAUACAAGAACAUGGCAGACCAGAUACUGAGAGAGCUCCGUCUCUAG